CAAAACCAAAAGCCAAAACCAAUUGAUCAGACUUCCUGGCUCCCCCCUAAAGAUCUUUAUGAUCAGAGGAACAGUGCCCUGUUGUACCACAUAGAGGCAAUAACUGGAGUCUGGAUAAGGGGACUGCAGGGUAUGCCUCAUCACAUGUGCCCCCAAUGCCAGGAAACCCUGCAGAAAGCCAUUGAGUUCCGGGAGAACUGCAUGACAACUGAAUUCAAGCUCACCCAAGAAGCCCAGAACACCGAUAUAGAAACUGAGGAAAUGGAAACUGAGUUGGAGAAUGUAUUAUACGAACAGUCAACGGAGCAAAACGAAGGCUUUUCAGAGUCGGAGCUACUUUCGGAUAUAGAAUAUCCGCUAAGCUAUCAGAAGGAACUGUGUGGACCAGCAGGCGAUGGUCCGUGCCCAACCGAACCCACAGUGGAGCUUCAAACAGUAGUAUCAUCGGAUGCAUUCAGUGUGUUGUACAGGCCUAUCGAACAAAAGAUCCAAACGCCAAGGCCAAAACGAUCCAAGCUAACCAAUGAGGAAAAGAAUCUUAGGCGGCGGGAACAAUUACGAUCCAAACCCCUGAGCUACGUCUUCGAGCAGUGUGGACACGCUUUUCGUAUCGCUGGCCACCUACAGAUGCAUAUGCUUCGUCACAGCGGCGUCAAGAAAUUUGAGUGCCCGAAAUGUUUCAAGAAAUUCUACAACUCGUACUUGCGGGACAGUCAUCUACGCGUUCGUCACAACGGAGAGCUGACCCAUAUAGCUGAUAUUCGACGGAAGAUCAAAAUUGAGGGAAUCGUCGUAUUUGUUGAAUCGGUAAUGGCCCGGUUGACAACAUUUAAAUCCUUGUCGCUCAUAUUCAAAAAAGUUAUAUGUGGCGCGCACCACUCGUAACCAGUCGAUAGUAUCAAUACCCGAACUUGAAUCGGGUAAGGACCUCGUUUUCGUUUAAACCUUUUUUACAAUAAAUACAAUAAA